CGCAUCUUCUUCAGCCUGUUCGCUCUCCUCGUCACGGUGUACGCAAUCCUUCGCGGCCCCCUCAAACCCAAACGAUUCCGUAGUGCAAGCUUGACUGCCCGAUUACUGUCUACUUUGCCCAGUUUGACGAACAUGUCCGUCAAGAUUGUCCCUCGGCGUAGCGAGGAACGUGGUCACGCCGACCAUGGAUGGCUGCACACGUUCCAUACCUUCUCUUUUGCCAGCUAUGCUGACUGGAGUCACGAUCAAUAUGGCUGCCUUCGUGUCAUUAACGAAGACCGGGUAGAAGCCAACACCGGAUUCGGCACCCAUCCUCACCGCGAGUUCGAAAUCUUCUCAUACGUGGUGGACGGAGAGCUCGCUCAUCAUGACUCUAUGGGCAACAAAGAGGUCCUGAAGCGUGGCGACGUCCAAAUGACCUCCGCAGGAACCGGUAUCCGGCACAGCGAGCACGCGCACGGACCCAAACAAGUCCACUUUCUUCAAAUCUGGGCACUUCCCUACCAAAGAGGCCUUCAACCCAAAUACUACAACCGCCACUUCACCGACGCCGAGAAAACUAACAAGCUCGCGACGAUAGUCGCCCCGGUCAACAGUCCGGGCGUCAUCGACUCUCGCGAGGCCCCUGGGCCCACUCCGAUCCACGCUCAGCUUUAUAUGCACGCGUCUCUCGUCUCGCCACAGACCACGCUCACGCACGCCUUGCCCAAGCCCGCCAGCACUUCCUCGCCCGCCAAGGCGUACAUACAUGUGAUACAGAAGUCGGGGUACAACACGGGCCCGGCGAAGGGCGGGAGGGUGAAGGUGAGCGGCGCCGGCGAGGAGGGUGUGGUCCUUGGUGAGGGCGAUGGGGCGUAUAUCGCCGGUGAGACCCGCGCAGAGCUGAGGAUAGAAAACGUCGGCGAUAGAGUGUGCGAGAUUGUUUUGUUCGAUGUGGAUGCUGCCUAGGUGGCGGGGGUGGCGGGUGAGAUACCUUUGUGAAUUCUUGACUGCAAUCUGCGAUGUUUCCGUUAACUAUCACGCUCAUGUAGGAAUGUGAAUCUGUACGUUACUUGUACUUUAAUGAAGAUCUUUAACCUUCAAUAAUAAUCUCUCAGUGUGCCUGGCC